AUGAGGCAGUUAAAAGCGUUAGAAUACGCUAAGCCUCUUUCUGAUUGCAGACACACAAGAGCUGCGGACGGAAUUUUGCAAGCAGCUCUUCCUAUCUUUGGUAAAUCUGUACAAUAUUGUACGGAUGAGCGAUGCCUUAACCAGCAUCUGCUUUUGUCAAAAGUGCCAUCAUUACGUAACAGUGGCGAUCGGUCAACUUAUGAGCAAUUAAUUGCUGCAGUGGACAUGUGUUGUGGGAAACGUGCCCUGCAACUAUUGGAUUUGUCAAAGGCACAAUAUGUUAGGAGUGGCGCAAGUCGUCUAGUAUGGCUGUUAACAGAUUGUACUCAAAAAACUUCCAAACGAGGUCAGGGGUGA